UUUUUCUUAGCUUGCUUUCUAAGCUUCCUUUUUAGGCUUACUCCUUAUUUUUAAAACCUUAAGAAUUAAUUUUCAGAAGCUUAAUAAAUCGUAUAAUCAUGGUUACCUUUGCCUCAAGAAAUACUUUUCAUAAAUAGAGCCAGCAGACAUGGCCAAACCUUUAGCGAUUGUAUCAAGAACAUCCAGAAGCCUCCGAAGAUACAAUUCAAGUUGUCAAAAAUGAAUGCUUUAAGGAAGAGCCCAGUGCUGAAUCGGCAAUGUCUGCGGAACAAGAUCGAGGAGCUGUCGCCUCUACUAAUCAAACAGCUCAACUUGGGCAUGUCCAACAAGGACAUGCUGUUCCGGGCCACAUGGAGCUACUAUGCCAGCGGCUGCCAGGAGCGACUGACGAGCAUUCGCAGGCGCAUCGAGCAGAACGCCAAGAUAGUGGCACCAACGGGUGGACCCAGGACUUAUCUUUGCAAGAACUUGAACAUAUCCCUACCUGAGAUUACACUGCCGCCAGGCGUGGAUUUGGAAGAUCACAUUUACCGGGAGUUUGUGUCCUGUUUUCGUAGUGAAGACCAAAGUUCCUCCAGGCCAAAGAAUCCACCUAAGCGAUUUACAGUCAAAAAAGAACUCAAUUCUAUCCAAUACUCGUCUCCGGAGCAAUGGAAGUUAUGGAAACGCGAGGAACGAAAGGUGCGACAGAUCCUGAUGCAAUCCAAGGAUCCUUAUCGUUCGGAGGAGUUGACCGAGAAACUGAAAAAACUCAGGAAAUUGACCAAUCGUCAUCCCUUAAUUGAACUACCAAGUCCACCAGAAGAACCCAUAAAAUCAUCUUUGAAAAAAAUAAAAAGACGAUCUUCCAUUAAGCCUUUAAAGCAACCGGAAGUCAUUACGAAAUCCGGACCCUAUGUCAAUCGAUCAUCGAAAGAUGCCAUUAAAACUGCACCGGAAGCAGCCAGACUUAGGAAACGUUCAAGUAAAUCUACAUCAAAAUCCAGCAAAAGCUCAUUGAUUAAACCGGAAAUUAAACAUUCCAGUAGCAGAAAGUCUAUUAAUAUAUCCAAGAGUUAUGACACAGUUAGUGAAAGGUUUAACUCAAAGAAUGAGAUCCUCCCGAAGACCCCUAAAAACCUCUCCAAAGCUCAACUAUCAAACGAUGAAAACCCAAAGGCAACCAGGACGAGUUUCAAAAGUGAAUUCUUAAAAAUGUUGCAAUCAUUUGAAUUUAAAGAAGAAGAUAAUGUAGAAAAUCAAACAGAUAAGCAGAAAGAUCCUGGUCUUCCAAUUGAUUCUUUGUUCUUUCUUCCUUUAAAGGCCAAGGAAUCAAAAUCUUCCAGAUCGAGCCUCAAAAUCCAAUUCUCAAAAAUGUUUCCAGUGUCUGAAUUCAAAGAUAAAGGUGAAAAUCGUAGAGGUGAACUGAAAAUUCAUGAUCUUCCAAGUGUUAAAAGCCAAGAAAAGUACCAGAAAUCAAAGUCUUCCAGAUCGAGCUUCAAAAAUGAAUUCUCAAAAAUGUUUCCAGUGUUUGAAUCCAAAGAUCAAGCUGAAAAUCUGAAAGGUAAACUGAAAAAUCCUGAUCUUCCAAAUGUUAAAAGUCAAGAAAAGUCCCAGGAAUCAAAAUCUUCCAGAUCGAGCUUUAAAAAUGAAUUUUCAAAAAUGUUUCCAGUGUCUGAAUUCAAACAAGAUAAAGUAGAAAAUCAUACAAAUCAUUCCUUAUUGUUCCUUCCUGAUAGAGCCAAAGAAAAAAAGCAGGAAUCAACGCCUACCACAUCUAUUCUUAAAAAGAAAUCCUCAAAAAUGUCGCAAGUACUUGAAUUCAGAGAAGAAGAAGAGAAGUCUCACGUUAAAGUACAAAAAAAGAAAAAUAAGCUGAAAAAGGCUUCCCUUCCAAUUGAUUCUUUGCUAAUCAUUCCCCAUAAACUUCAAGAAAAACCCAAAGAACCAAAACCUUCCAGAAUAAAUCUCAGAAAAAAAUCCUCAAAAGUUUCGCAAGUAUCUGAAAAUAGUAAAAAUAAAUUCGCAGUAAAAGUAAAAAUAAGAAUUCGGAGAGAGAAGCCACAAAUCCCAGAGAAGCAGACUCUUCCAAAAGAAAUAUCUAUAACCAAUAAGGAAAAUAUUGAAAAUCCUCAUGUGGAAAAACUAAGCACAUCCUCAGAUCCAGUGCUAGUGAAACCCGGCUAUAAGCCCCACAAAGUUUCCAAUAGCUUUCAACCGAAAUCCUUAAGGCAGGCGCACUCCUGGCACUCGCCAAGAGGCAGGAUUAAGACCGCUACUCAAGUUACCAAUAUGAAGGAUAAACAUCGAAUUCGCCGAAGAUCCCACGAGAGUCAUCGAUUGGAAUCAAUAAGGAAGUCGCACUCUUGGCACUCACCAAAACCAGAUGAAAAAUAUAUUCCAUUUAAGGCCGAUAGAUCCAGGAGAAAAUUCGAUAAUACCCCAUAUGGAUUCGACUUGGUUUCAGAGGAGAAUCAGGAGACCAAGGCCGAGGUCAAGAGCAAAUUCCAAUACGACUGGCCACUGCCCAUCGCGAUGAGGCACAUGGAGUACUUUAAACCCUAUGGCCAGCUCAAGAUCGAUGGCCUUGAGACGAAUCAAGUGCAAAGAUUUCCGGAAGUUUGCCUCACUGAGAGGCGAAAGUCUUCGAUGCUCAAACCUCUUGACUUAUUGGCGCCUCCGGAAAUAAGGAUUCCUUUUCUGGAUUCCGAAUUUAAAGUGAUCAAGCAAACUGAUAAUCUCUCCUUAUUGUUUGGAAGAACAUACUCGGCGAGUCGCGAGAGUAACGAGGAUUUAAAAGUGCCCCCACCCAUAAUCCUAUCCGAUAUUAUAAUGGAAUGCAUGAAUGAAUAUGGAUCGGAAGUAAGCUUCAGGGACACCGAUUUUAUGAAACCCAACAAGCUGGAUAUUUAUUGCCCAGAGAUAACCAUUAAGAAGCCUCGGCCUAAGAUAGCCAGCAGAGGCGAAAUCAAAGAGAAAAAGUCAAGAAAAAAGGGUUCCAAGAAACUCCAGAAAAUGCCAUCGAAACGGGUAGCUCCACCCUGCUCCCUGUGCAACUUGGUGCGGCGAAGACAAUCCGAGCUCCGACCUUAUAUGAAGCGGAUGCAGAUGCAACGCCAGCGCCUGGAAUUGCAGACCUACUACACCCAGAAGAUUCUCAAGGAACGCCGCUGCCAGGAGCAAGACUCUCAGGAGGCUAGAAUAGCCCGUAAACGUCAGGUCCUGGCCAGGUGCUAUCAAGUCCUGAAACUGUGUCAGGACCUCCUAGAACUAAGGCUACUUCAAAGAUCUCAAAAAUGUCAGUCUUGAAAAUAAGCAUAUGACCUGCAUUUUACAGGAUAAUAAUAUGUAUAUAUUAUGGUAUUAUCCUGUUAAAGGCUGGUCAUAGGCCUACUCAGAGGGGAGGUCUAUAGAAUUUUUAAAGAAGAAUGUGAAGAC